GUCAUCCUCGGCUCUCGCAGCUGUCGUGUCGUCAUCCUCGGCUCUCUCCGUGAGCCCUCGCCGCUGUCGUGUCGUCAUCCUCGGCCCUCUCCGUGAGCCCUCGCCGCUGUCGUGUCGUCAUCCUCGUCUCUCUCCGUGAGCUCUCGCCGCUGUCGUGUCGUCAUCCUCGGAAGCGCCGCCCCCCCUCCCUCCUCUUCCUUUCUUCAGUCGAUGUUACGGCGCCAUUUUACGUGGACGAGUUUCAUUUUUUCAGCGCGGCCAUAGAGGAAGGGACGUGAGAGGGGGGAAAAAAAAUAACAAUAAACAACAAGUCUCCUCUCGUGUUAUUUCUUUGUAAAUGUGGAAUGAAAUUAUUCAGAAGUGAACAUUUACCGUAAAAAAAAAAAAAAAAAAAAAAAAAAAAAAGCAAUAACCAAAAAAGAAAUAUAUCCAAAAAACAACCAGUGACGCAUAAACCAGUCUAUAUAGCGAAUAUUAAUUUUUUUUGUAGUAAAUGUACAGAGGGAAAUGGCUGUGGAAAGCACCAGUGUCCACCAAUCCUCCCCAACAGCCUCCAGCCCUGAGCACAGCAACAGCGUCCUCCUCCCUGACGAAAGGAUUUUUAAAAGACAGUCGCCUAUUUAUUCUGGGGAACAAGCAAAGAGCAGGGAGCAGCAGGAGCUGGAGGAAGGGGAGCUGGAAGAUGACGGAGGAGAGGUGGAGAGCCCCAAAGCAGGGGAGCCCCUGGAGAAAGCAGGGGGCCGCGGGAGAGAGAGGGAGAGGCACGGGAGCGGCUCGGAGGACGACAAGACUCACCGACGCAAGAGGAAGAGGAGGAAACAGAGAGAGAAGGACAAGAGGAGGGCAAAGAAGAGACGAAAAUCCAAACACAAACGCCACGCUUCCUCCAGCGACGAGCACUCCGAGUUCAGCGACGAGUCGGACUACAGCCCUGGGGAAAAGGGUCUUAGGAAAUACAGGGAGUACAGCCCCCAGUACCCCCCUCAGGCACUACAGCCUCAUCCAGGGUACCCCCCACCCCCUCACGGCGGUCCCAUGCCCAAGAAGGGGGGCUACAUGAAGCUAGAGAAGCCGGGGGGCUAUGGGGGCUAUGAUGAGUACGAAGAGGAGAAUUACGAGGGGGGGGAGGAGGAGGAGAUGGGAGAUGAGGAUUACGACGACUUCGCCAAGGAGCUGAAUCAGUACCGCAAAGCCAAGGAGGGGACGGGGGGCAACCGGGGGAGAGGCGGUAAAGGUCGCGGGAAGAACCAGAGAGGUCGCGUGGGAAGGGGAGGAGGCAUGAGAGGAAGAGGCGGGCGCGGAGGUGGGAACAGAGGCAGGGGUCGGGGCAAGAUGGGCGGAGAGAACGACGACGGAGAUGGAAUGAUGUACUGUGAGGAGAUGGAGUACGGAGAGGAAGACUUCGACCACAUGGGUGAUGAAGAGUUUGACAGUUACUCCAAAGAGCUGAACCACUACAGGAGAAACAAAGAUGGGCCAAACAGAGGGAGAGGUGCUAAAGGAGGACGGGGUCGUGGCCGAGGGGGAAAGGGGGGCCGCGGGAUGAACCGAGGCCGAGGGAGGAACAACCGAGGGAGGGGGAGAGGAGGGGAGCAGCCGGCUACAGGGAGGACUAGUCGUGGCCGAUCACACCCCCUACCUGUGUCUCUGCAGGACUGCGGCCCGCGCAGGAACGAUCAGGACAAGUCCCACCAGCAGGUCUCGGACAAGAAGGGCAAAGUGAUCUGCAAGUACUACAUCGAGGGCAGGUGCACCUGGGGGGAGCACUGCAACUUCAGCCAUGACAUCGAGCUGCCCAAGAAGAAAGAACUCUGCAAGUUCUACAUCACAGGCUUCUGUGCAAGAGCUGAGAACUGCCCUUACAUGCAUGAUGAUUUCCCGUGCAAGCUGUUUCACACCACCGGGUCCUGCGUGAAUGGAGACGAAUGCAUGUUCUCCCACGAGGACCUCUCUGAGAACACACAAGACCUGCUGAACAAGAUGUUAGCUGAGGACGCGGAAGCCGGAGCGGAGGAUGAGAAGGAGGUGGAGGAGCUGAAGAAGCAGGGCAUCAACCCGCUCCCCAAACCCCCUCCUGGGGUGGGCUUGCUCCCCACUCCCCCCCGGCCCCCUCCCUCCGACCCCAGCUCUCCCGGAGGGGGACCCUGCGACUCUCCAGGGGGUUCUGGGCCCGGAUCGGGCCCCUGUCUGGUACCAGGGGGUCCAGGGGGAGGACCUUGCCCAGGACAGGCACCCCCUCCUGGGCCACCGCCCCCUCAGCCCAUGCCACCCCCCCAGCCCUGCCCCAACAACGGACAGAAGAAAAUUCCCUCACUGUUUGAGAUUCGGGUGCAGCCCACCGGCCAGCUGGCUCAAAAACUAGGAGUACGACCCCCAGGUGGCCCCAUGGAAGAUGUCCCAGGCCUCCCCCACCCGGGGGGGAGGUCCUGGGGGUGGGCCUAUUUUUUUUCAGGUCCCCGACCCCCAAGGAUGGCCUCCAGGCCCCCCAGGGACCAUGGGGCCUGGCCCCGGAACACAUCCAGGGCCCCCCUCCAUGACUCCCCCCCUGGCCCGAUGCCCCAUGACAUGUCAAUGGGGCCCCCAGGCAUGAACCAGGGGCCUCCUCCGAUGGGCCCUGGGCCCCCGAUGAUGCCCUUCGGACCAGCCGAUGGGCCCCCUCUAGGCAUGAUGCCCCCAGGCCCCCCACCACCCUACUUUGAGAACUUCUACCAUCCACAGCAGGGCAUGGAGAUGGAGCAAGGGGGAGAGGAAGAAGACGAUUACGGAGACUAUGAAGAGAUGGAGGAGGGGGACGGCUCGAUGGGGUUCAUGGACCAGCCUCCCCCAGACCAGGGCUCCAUGAUGGGGCUCGACCCGGGGGCUGGGCAGGGUCAGAACCAGCCAGCGAUCCCGGACUUCCUGCCUACGGCCCAGCGAGCUCUCUUCAUGAGGAUCCAACAGAAACAGCAGCAGGCAGAGGAGCGAGCACGGAGGCUGGCAGAAGGGGGAGGAGAGAGAGAUGCGGAAGGUGACACGGCUAACUGGUACUCCAGCGAGGAAGAGGACGGUGGCGGCAGUGUGACCUCCAUCCUCAAAACCCUUCGCCAGCAGACACAAGGGGGCAAGCUGCCAAACCAGCCUCCCCCUCCCCACCCCACAGACCCCAGCCCUGGGGGUCUCAACAACCCCCGCCCGGCCACAACCAACCCAGCAGCAGCAGCGACAACAGCGAUCUCCGCAAGCCGCCCGGCCGACCCCCGACUGUCCCGGGACCCCCGUCUCACCAGGACGGGCGAGACCAGCCAGGGCGACCCCCCUGCGGACCCCCGCCUGGCCCGCCACGCCCUUCCCACGAAACCAGACCCCGCCCCACACCACAGGGUCCCCAGCGGCCCGGCGGACGAGGAGGAAGGAGAGAGGGUCUUGCGUGACAAGCCUGUCUCCAUCCCCUCGGAGGCCCUGCCAGGCCAGGCUCUCAGGGACCCCCGCUCCCAGCUGCAGCAGUUCAGCCACAUCAAGAAGGACAUCGUCCUCCUCAAGCCCAACUUCUCCAAAUCUGUGCUCUGGAGCCCUGAGGAUUUGAUACCCCUGCCCGUACCCAAGCAAGACUUCCUCCCCUUGCCUCCCGGGAUUCCCCCAGUGACAGCGGUGGACCCCAGACUGAACCGAGCCCAGCAGCAGCGAGAGCACAUGGCCCCCCCAGUUCCUCCCCCUCCUCCUCCUCCUCCCUCGAUCCCCCCUGCCCAGCAGGCUCAGUCCGAGCCGGCCUCCCUCCCAGACUUCGAGCUCCUCUCCCGGAUCCUGAAGACGGUCAACGCUGCUUCCGGGCAGACGCCCCUCCCCCAGGUUCAACCUCCGCCCUCUGCCCCGGCGACCGCGCCCACGGCGGACAAACCCGUCGACCCGCGGAUCGCGCGCAAAACCGCGACCGACCCCAGAUUGCAAAACCAGAAACCCGCGCUCAAAGCAGCGGGCGAAUCUUUGUCAGGUGGCCUCACUGCUACUCCUGCUGCUGCCGCUGCCCCAGGUAUUGUUCAGAUGACACAGCCAGUUGUGCCGACCAUCGCCCCCUACGACCCCAGGCUGCUUUCCGCAGGGGGCGGGGGGAGAGGAGGGGCAGUUGCAGGACUGGGUAGCAGCACUACGGGCCAGAGCAAUGUGCUAAGCAGCAUAAGCUUGUAUGACCCCAGGACUCAGAGCACGGGGGGCGGGGUAGGUAGUGGCACCUCAGUGGCUAAAUCGGACGCCGCUAAUGGGAAUUCUUCCUCCGAGCCCAAACCGGGCGAAGCCGGCAAGCAGGGCAAGCCGAAGGAGCCGCUCUUUGUGCGCAAAUCGGCGCUGGAUCAGCCGGAGACGGAGAAAGCCGCCGGAUCAGAACCGGCCACAGACAGAUACAACAGCUACAACAGGCCCAGGCCGAAGCCCGCAGCUCAGACUCAGUCAGCCCCGCCCGCGGCCGGAAUCGCCGGCGACGGUUCCACUGUUACCGGGGUUUCCAAUCUGGAAUCCGGACAGCAGCCUGGGGUUCACAACCUCCCCGUGUCUUCCGUGUUUGGGUUGAAACAAGCGGCCAAAUCCGGGGGUACGGGGAGCCCCUUCGGGGGAAGCAGCCCCGCGCAGCCGGCAGACAGCGCCGAGCAGGACGCCGCCUCGCUGAAAGAGGUCUUCAAGGGCUUCGACCCCACGGCUUCUCCCUUCUGCCAGUGAAAAGAUUCAAAGGAAACGCAAGAAAAGUGACAGUGGGGGAGGAAGGGUCCUCGUUUUAUCUCGACUUCAAUCAGUGUUUGUUGGUACAAUUUCGACGGGAGGGUAGAGGAGGGGAGGGAUGACGUUUUUUGAUAGUGGUAUGUAUUUAAAAAAAAAAAAAAAAAAAAAAAAAGGAAACCUUUACAAAAACUCUUGUGUAUAUAUAUUUCAUGAUUCAUUCUUGCUCUGAAAAAAAAAUUGUCCUUUCAAAUUUUUUUCUUGCAUUCAUUUUGGAAAUCUCAAAAUAAUAACUGGCCAAUUUGUUUUUGGUACAUUUUAUUUUUUUUCUGUACGGAGCUCCAAAUUUU